AUGGGCCGAUUCGACGGUCGAGCAGUCAUUGUGACUGGGUCAUCCAAUGGAAUUGGUCGAGCAACUGCCGUCAUGUUUGCCAAAGAAGGUGCGAGGGUGACGAUCUGUGGUCGCAAUGAGAAAACCUUGAAUGAGUCCAAAGAUGGAUGGUGUCGUAGGCAAAACGGCGCGAGAUGGGAAAACAGUUUGCUAGUUGUCCAAGGUGACAUCUGCGAGGACGAAAUAAUGAAGGGGAUCGUCAGUGGAACAAUUCAAAAGUUUGGGAGGCUGGAUGUUCUGGUAUGA